AUGUCGCUUGCCAAGCUUGGAAGCUUUCUUAGAGUGCCUCUUAGUUCUCAUGAACCUGAUGGACCACGUAAAAAGUGCAUGGACAUUGUUCAGCUCAUGAAGACUAUUGUAACCAAGCUGACAUUGACUCAAAGUGUCAGCAAGACUCUCUGCAAAGUCAAUGUGACUGUUCCAAUGUGCACACACAUUGCAUUUUUGCACCAAGCUUACGUGGAAGAUAAUGGCAACAAGACCUUUUGGCCCUUCGUGGACAAGAGCCUUGCAGAUUUGCACAAGUUGUACCAUGUGAUAAACUUGAUUGAACAGGAGUAUAUGCUGUCUGAAUUCUUUGCAGAUAUUCUCACGGACAAUCUGAGGACGUAUAGCAAAUCUAUUGAUGACUCUGACAACAUGAACAUGCUUACUACUAUUCUCCGCAUCAGCAGGCAAGAGCAAGUUGAUCAAGUUGCUGCUGGCAGACAUGUCCUAGCCUGUAAUGAUGAUAGUGGCAAUGAAGGGAAUACAGGUGAAGGUGACCAUAGUGGAAUUGGUGGUGAUGGCACAACAAGCGAAGAUGAUGACAAGGAUGACACAGAGCCUAUUUAUGAAGAAGGCAGCAUUUAG